GGGGUGAGAGUGGGUAGUUCAUAUUUCCCUCUCCCUGCCUCCGUGUCUGCAGUGUAUGCAGUCGGAGGACCAAGGACGGAGCAGCACGGGCUGAGAGCGGGCAGUUCAUAUUUCCCUCUCCCUGCCUUCGCAUCUGCAGUGUAUGCAGCCGGAGCCUGUGAGGCUGCAUGAAUUCAUGAUACACGGCUGAUGAAGGACACAAAUCCGUUUAUCUAUCCCAGCUGCUUUUGAUCUACAUUCGUCCAAUGAUUGCUGAAGUAUCUAUUCUGACCACUUUAAAAACCUGCAGGGACGUAGCCCACAACAGGAAGUGAUCAAGCCCGGCUGACGGGUGAAACGCGUCUUCCGACCUCCCGCCGACUGCCUUCUCUCUCCUGAGUGCCGUACAUCUACCCACACCCGUCGCUGCCCGGCGCCUUGCUCAGCCCAGCAGGAAUAUCAUCCUCCAACGGCUGCUAUCUGUUCUCCUGCCUCGGACUGGUUCCCCGCUUCCAUCACAAGUACUGGCUCCCUCCGUAUACCUGCAGCUGCCCGCUCCCCAAUAGAGCUCCAUCACUGUACGCAGAGGUGAUCCGACUGCUGCACGAACACCCGCCUGCACUGUAGGUUCCUCCAGCGUGGCCGUACCUUCCACCUUCAUUCCCGGAGAACCGCUGCUGUAAUAAACGGAACUUUACCUUACUACUGGCAGCCAAGGUCUUCCACGGGCACAGGACGGUGACUGGUGUUCUCUCUUCGCGGUCACCGCGAGCAUCUCCUUUAGUGACAGUGAUCACACACAUCAGGAUUGGGAUUCCUCAUCCUACAUUUGCUACGGGUCCCUAAUCUAUUGCAGCAAUGAGAUCUGGCAGGGUGACGGCCGUGGCUCUUGGUAACUCCCAGGGCCUGCUACAAACCAGUAAGGAUAAUGCACCGGACUCAACCAAAACCUGAACACUCCCACUCCCCAAAAUCCUAUAUAACUCUAUACCUAAGUCAAAUGAGCAUUCUAGAUAUACUACGGAGGAAACGGAUCAAGUAAAUCUAGUAAACAUGGCGCUGACACCUGUGCUCCUGGUGGUGACUUUUUGUGUGUCCUUCCAGCUAAUAUAUACUCAAGAUACCGUGACUCCUCCAGAUCCUAUUGAUUCCAGUGUGUCCUUCGAGCAAAUGAUUACUCAAGAUACAGUGACUCCUCCAGAUCCUAUUGAUUCCAGUGUGUCCUUCGAGCAACUAAAUGAUCAAGACAAAGUGACUCCUCCAGAUCCUAUUGAUCCCAGUGUGUCCUUCGAGCAAAUUAUUACUCAAGAUACAGUGACUCCUCCAGAUCCUAUUGAUUCCAGUGUGUCCUUCGAGCAACUAAAUGAUCAAGACAAAGUGACUCCUCCAGAUCCUAUUGAUCCCAGUGUGUCCUUCGAGCAAAUUAUUACUCAAGAUACAGUGACUCCUCCAGAUCCUAUUGAUUCCAGUGUGUCCUUCGAGCAACUAAAUGAUCAAGACAAAGUGAGUCCUCCAGAUCCUAUUGAUCCCAGUGUGUCCUUCGAGCAACUAUAUACUCAAGAUACAGUGACUCCUGCAGCUCCUAUUGAUUCCAAAACACAGGAGGACUGUGGCCACAACCAAGAAUAUAACGAAUGUGGAACAAUCUGUCCUAUAACCUGCAGCAAUUACAAUGAUCCUGGUGUGUGUGCAGAAGUGUGUGAGGCCGGCUGUUUCUGCAAGGAAGGGUUUUACCAGGAUGCCAGAGGAAUCUGUGUGGAAAAGGCAAAGUGUGACUUCUGCUGUGGGAACACAACGUACGCAAGCUACGGAAGCAUGUGUGAAACAACCUGCAUGAAUGUCAAAUUCCAUUUACACAUAGGAAUAGUUUGCCCAAAAGAAAGCGAAUCAGGCUGCGUCUGUAAGGACGGGUAUGCGCGUCUGAAUGACGAACCAGCCUGUGUGCUGUAUGAGGAUUGUCCUCAAUGAUCAAUAAAGAUAACUGAAAA